AGGUUUUUGAGAAAAAUUGUGAAACUUGCAACUGCUCGAAAUUCGCUCUCACUCAUUCUGAUUAGCUGAAGCUGAAUCUAUCUCUCGGUGUGUGAGUGUUCUAUAUGCUGCGGAUGAUUUAUUGUGCGGCUUUCGCUUUCUCGCUCACACGUAACGCUUUGCACACGAAACGGUUUCGCUUUAUAUCCUGUCUGGAAAGUAAUAGCCAGCUAGAAACAUUCUUAUAAAUUUUAAAGUAUUUUAUCUAAAAAAAGAUAAAAUUAAUUAUCAGUUUCAUCGGUAGAAAACCAUUGCUAUUAUCCACAAAACACAACCGACACGCGUAACGGAUCCUGCCUGCUCCUACACGGCUUUAACCGUCGCCAUCUUGAGCCUGUGUGGCACACAUACACACGCGCGCGCGCUCACGCGUUACGGCGUGCGUAAGCGGUUUGCCGUUUCGCUCUUUCGCGCACCGAUCGCGGCUGCAUGGGUGCAGUGGUGGUGUGCGUGCGCACGGCGUGUGUUUAUCGUGAACAGUGGGAUCGCGCGGUACGGGCUAGUGGUCACAGCGGUAACGAACACUGGAGCAAAAUUUCGAGUACUCGAGCAGUUACAUUUGAACAGUUGAGGCGUGCGGACGUGCGUGUACGUCGUCUGGUGUCGAAAGCGCACACACAGCAGCACGGUCCGAGUGGAUUGCUGUUUGGAAGCAUAUCGGUUUUCUUCUUCGUUUGCUUCCUUUAUUAUUAUUGUUUAAUGUACGCGUAAUAUCAUUUUUUCGCCCCCUAAAAAUUCGUGUCUCUUACUUCCCGUGUACCGCGUACCUGUGAGGUGGGAUUGAACUGAAAGCGCAUCGUUACCUUUUUGACAGCAAGUGAACAUUUGUGUAUGGGUGGUCAGUAUUCGCAGGAUGUAACACCUGGGCCACCAUAGGUUAUCAUUAUGGUCCUUUCUGUGCGUGUGCGUGUGUAUUGAAUUAAUAUCUCUACCACAAGCAAACAAGAAGCGAAUGGAGAAAAAAAAAACAAAGGUGACAAGAGUGAACCGUGGAAUCUGCUGGUAGUGGUCGUGUGCCUAGAUCCGGCAAAAUCCCGAUCCCGUCGGCUGUAAAUGAUCGUGUCCGUUUGGUGCAAGCUAUCUCGCACCAGAAAGAAACAAAAAAAAAACUCACACACUUCGAUCAAUCAGCAAUACCCCCCCUGUUUUGAAUCCACGGCAAGUGUUACGCGCGGUGAAACAGCAAAGAAGAAGGUUAGAAAAAUGACAGAAAAUCACACACAUACACGCACUACUAAGCGCGCAUCCAGUAUACCACAAUCAACCCGAACAGAGAUCCUUUAAUCGACAGUCAACCCAACACAAGCUACCUGUAGCUAAAGAAGAGUAAAACAAAAAGGAGUGGUGUGGUGUGUGUGUGUGCGCUAGUUCGAGAAAUUCGGGUUUAAUUAUUCGGAAGAAGCGCAAAUUCUUAUUUUUUCCCCCUUUUUUGUGUGUUUGUCUAUUAUUGUCCUUGCAUUCUGUCUGUUCUGAAUGUGCGUGUAUUGCUUUUCUCUUGCGUGUGCGUGCUUUUUUUUGGGCAUUAAAAAAAAUGUGAAAAAUAUUAAAAAAAAGAAAUGAAGUUUAAAUUAAGAGCAAAAAAACCUCUCCACGAGCUUUAAAUAUUGUGAAAUGUUUUUUUUUCUUCUUCAAUUGUUAAUUUUGCGAAGUGAGUUUUCCUCUAUCUGGUGCUGGGGUGUGGGAGAUGAAAAUCUGGAGCAGAUCGUGAUUAUUGUUAAGCUCAUUGUGAUAACGUUCUAUUUUUUUUCCCCCCAAACCCGUUCCACACAUCGCCCAACACAGUGUGAAAGGAAGAAAAGUGUAAAAAGCGAAUAAAAAGAAGCAGGAAAGUGGAAAAAAUAGAUAGAGUGCGUGCAUAUAUCCUUUUUCGUGCGCGUGUGUGCGUGUGGUACGUAUGUUUUUUGGAGAGGAAAAAAAAGAAAAUUGAGAACAAAAGUGGAAAAAGCUAAAACAUAUGUCCAUAAACACAACGGUGCGUCUAAAAAAAGGGGGUUUCGAUUGAAGAAUAAGCCAUCUUUGUGCCUGCCGCCAGAUGGCGCUGCUGACUGCUGUCACUGUGCAAAUGCGUUUUGAUCCUUCUUCUUCUUCCACCGCUUCGUUCGCUUCACUGUUUGCACGGGGUGAAUGAGCCGAAAUUAUCUUCGCGUGUAAUUAAUCUUCCCAGAAAAGGAAAAAGAUGUGAAAAAUAGCGAUAUAUUUAUCUUACUUUUAUUAUCAUUUCAAACUCAAACAGGAAUAUACAGCGUGUACGAGGCAAAACACAUAACACACACGUACAAUUUUCUUUUUUUCUGCUGCGGGUUUUAAGUUUAAUUUUUUUUCCAACUGUUUUGUUGUUUUGCACAGUGAUUAGAAGUUAAUAUCAGUGCGCGGUAUCCCGUUUUUGUUUCCGUGUGAGUGUGUGUGUGUGUAGUUUUUUGUUGUUGCUGUUGUAUGGGUGCGUGUAUUUUCGUGUGUUCCGGUACGCGUGUGCCCACCGCGUUUGGGCCCCGGGCGCAAUGUUUAACCGACGCAGAAACGAUCACAGGAUUAAACCACUGACGUGUUGCUAGCGGUCAACGUAAGAAGUAAAGAGCAGAGCAAUAGUGUGAAGUAGGAGGGGGGAGAGAGAGAAAAAGAGAUAGAGAAACAGGCGAACAGGCGAGAGGUGAGAGCCUCCCUGUGCCCUGAGGAAGCGAAGAGAAAAAAGGACUCUCCGCCCGGGGGAGAGGGAGUGUGGGGCGUACUAAAAUCCCGCCAUCCUCCUCCCACAUUCGAGUGCGCGUUUCCCCUUCCGUUGAGUUGAGUGUAUCGCAAAAGAGGGAGAGAGAGAGAGAGGGAAAACACACACACAACGGUGGAGGUGGUGCGGUGCCACAUCCAACACACAUCCGGCAAACUUCCUUGGACUCUUGGAAGCGAGCGACCUCCACGUGUCAACCGUCCUGUAGCGUCAACAACAAAACAAAAAAAAAAAACGGAACCCAAAAAACGCUCAAUCACACCACAAAUUCCGAAAAGGAUAGGCAAAAGGAAAGCCCCAACGAACAAAAUCUCCUUGCUCUCGAUUUUGUCUCCCCGAGAAACCCUGCACAAUGGUGGGGAGCCCGCGAAGGAUAACGGGCGUCACCGUCCUGCUAGCGAUCGUGCUGUGCAGUUUCAUCGGUAACGCUUCCGGUUUCCUGUCGUGCUCACCGUCACCGUGCAAACAUGGCGGCACGUGCGUUAGCCGCCCGAAUGGUGCAUCUUACUGCAACUGUACGUCACGGUAUACAGGAGAUUUCUGUGACUUCCCGAAUCCGUGCCACACGGCGGCCGGUCCACGCUGCCAGAAUGGUGGCACCUGCGAGACGACGUUCCGCGACGGUAUACCAUCGUUCUCGUGCCGGUGUCCGAUCGGUUACACUGCGAGCCUUUGUGAGAUACCGGUGAAGAAUGCGUGUGAUUCCUCACCGUGCAACAAUGGCGGUAACUGCAAGCUAAAGACACUGGACGAUUACACCUGCCUCUGUGCGACAGGCUAUUCCGGCAAACACUGUGAUAAGCAGAAUCUGUGUGCGUCAUCACCGUGCCGGAACGGUGGCACCUGUACGCUGUCACCGAACGGGCAUGUAAAAUGCAUCUGCCCGAAAGGUUUCCGCGGCAUGUACUGUGCGGAGGAUAUCGACGAGUGUCUAAAGAAUCCGUGCGAAAACAACGGAAAGUGUGUUAACACGCACGGUUCUUAUCAAUGCAUGUGCGAACCAGGCUACACCGGCAAGAACUGCGAAUCGGGCUACAUUCCCUGUUCACCCUCGCCCUGCCAGAACGGUGGCACCUGCAAGCAAUCGACCAAGUACUCCUACGAAUGCAAAUGUCCUCCGGGCUUUCAAGGGAAGAACUGUGAGGAGAACACGGACGACUGUCCGGGUAAUCUGUGCCAGAAUGGGGGUACGUGCGUGGACGGUAUCAACGCCUACCACUGCAGCUGUCUGUCCAGCUUUACCGGCGAGUUCUGCGAGAACGAUGUGGACGAGUGUGCGCUGCGGCCAUCGAUCUGCCAGAACGGUGCAACCUGCACGAACACGCACGGGAGCUACAACUGCAUCUGCGUGAACGGUUGGAACGGUCCGGACUGUAGCAACAACAUCGACGAUUGUGUGGAUGCGGCCUGCUUUAACGGGGCGACCUGUAUCGAUGGCGUUGGUAGCUUCUACUGUCGCUGCACACCGGGCAAGACGGGGCUGCUGUGCCAUCUGGACGAUGCAUGCACCUCGAACCCGUGCCAUGCGGAUGCGAUCUGUGACACCAGCCCGAUCAAUGGUUCGUUCACGUGCUCGUGUGCGGUCGGCUACAAGGGUAUCGACUGCUCGGAGGAUAUUGACGAGUGUGAUCAGGGAUCACCCUGUGAGCAUAAUGGUAUCUGCGUGAAUACGCCCGGUUCGUUCGCAUGCAACUGCUCGCAAGGAUUCACCGGACCGCGGUGUGAAACGAACGUCAACGAAUGUGAGUCACACCCGUGCCAGAACCAGGGCAGCUGUCUGGAUGAUCCUGGUACCUUCCGUUGCGUGUGCAUGCCAGGUUAUACCGGUACGCAGUGUGAAAUCGAUAUCGAUGAGUGUGCGACGAACCCUUGCCUGAAUGGUGGAAUCUGCCGUGAUAUGGUUAACUCGUUCAAAUGUACUUGCGCGAUCGGUUUCUCGGGGUUGCGGUGCCAGAUCAACAUCGACGACUGUAUGUCACAACCGUGCCGGAACGGUGGCAUCUGUCAUGAUUCGAUUGCCGGCUAUACGUGCGAAUGUCAGCCAGGCUAUACGGGGCUAUCGUGCGAGACGAACAUCAACGACUGCCAGUCGAACCCGUGCCAUCGGGGCAUCUGCAUUGACGGUGACAACUCAUUCACCUGUCUGUGCAAUCCGGGUUAUACAGGCUAUCUGUGCCAGAUACAGAUCAACGAGUGCGAAUCAAACCCGUGCCUGUUCGGUGGCCAUUGUGAGGAUCUGGUUGGUGGGUACAUGUGCCGCUGUCAGCCAGGUACGUCCGGACCGAACUGUGAGGUGAACGUGAACGAAUGUCACAGCAAUCCGUGCCGGAAUGGGGCGAAAUGUAUCGACGGUAUUAACCGCUACACGUGCCAGUGUGUACCGGGCUAUACUGGGUUCCACUGCGAGACGAACAUCAACGAGUGUGCGUCGGAUCCGUGUGCUAACGGUGGCGUCUGUAUGGAUCUGGUGAAUGGGUUCCGGUGCGAAUGUCCCCGCGGGUACUUCGAUGCACGGUGUCUGAGCGAUGUGGACGAGUGUGCAUCGAACCCGUGCAUUAAUGGCGGCCGGUGUGAGGAUGGUGUGAACCAGUUCAUCUGUCACUGUCCGCCCGGGUACGGUGGACGACGGUGCGAGAUCGAUAUCGACGAGUGUGGUUCGAAUCCGUGCCAGCACGGUGGCAUCUGUCGGGAUGGGCUGAACGCGUACACGUGCCAGUGUAUGCCGGGCUAUACCGGACGGAACUGUGAGAUUAACAUCGACGACUGUAUUAACAAUCCGUGCCGUAAUGGCGGGUCCUGCAUUGAUCUGGUAAACGGCUACAAGUGUGUCUGCCGUGGUCCAUUUACUGGGCGCGACUGUGAAUCGAAGAUGGAUCCCUGUCUGCCGAACCGUUGCCGGAAUGGUGCAAAAUGUUCACCCAGCCCGAACUAUCUCGAUUUUGCGUGCUCGUGUACGCUUGGCUAUACGGGCCGGUUGUGCGAUGAGGAUAUUAACGAGUGUGCACUGUCAUCACCCUGCCGGCAUGGAGCGACCUGCCGGAAUACGAACGGUUCCUACCACUGUAUCUGUGCGAAGGGUUACGAAGGACGGGACUGUACGAUCAACACGGACGACUGUGCAUCGUUCCCGUGCCAGAACGGUGGUACCUGUCUGGAUGGGAUCGGUGACUACACCUGCUUGUGCGUGGAUGGCUUCGAGGGCAAACACUGCGAGGUGGACAUCAACGAGUGUCUGUCGAUGCCGUGCCAGAACGGUGCAACCUGCAACCAGUACGUCAACUCGUACACCUGCACCUGUCCGCUCGGGUUCAGCGGUAUGAACUGUCAGACGAACGAUGAGGACUGUACGGAAAGUUCGUGCAUGAACGGUGGUACAUGCAUCGAUGGCAUUAACAGCUACAACUGUUCCUGCGAGACGGGAUACACCGGUUCGAACUGCCAGUAUCGCAUCAACAAGUGUGAUUCGCAACCGUGCCGCAAUGGUGCAACCUGUCACGAUUACGAGAACGACUACACGUGCCACUGUUCGUACGGGUAUACCGGCAAACAGUGCAUGGAUUACGUGGACUGGUGUACGCAGAACCCGUGCGAAAAUGGUGCCACCUGUACGCAGCAGGAUAACACGUACCUUUGUGCGUGUGCGGCCGGUUGGACCGGGAAGCUAUGCGAUGUCGAGAUGGUAUCGUGCAAGGAUGCGGCCACUCGGAAGGGUGUCGAUGCGAAACAUCUCUGCCACAACGGUACGUGUGAGGACUUUGGCAAUUCCCACCGGUGUCGGUGUGCGCGUGGCUAUACCGGCUCGUACUGUCACCAUGAGAUAAACGAGUGUGAAUCGCAACCCUGUCGGAAUGGUGGAACGUGCAAGAAUCUGAUCGGUUCGUACCGGUGCCAGUGUCGGGCCGGUUUCCAAGGCCAGAACUGUGAGCUAAACAUAGACGAGUGCAAACCGAACCCGUGCCGCAAUGGUGGCAUCUGUCACGAUUUGGUCAACGGGUACAAAUGUUCCUGUCCGCCCGGUACGAUCGGAGUGCUGUGCGAGAUCAACACGGACGACUGUACGCCUGGUGCAUGCCACAACAACGGUAGCUGUGUGGAUAAGGUGGGCGGCUUCGAGUGCCGCUGUCCGCCGGGCUUUGUCGGAGCACGGUGCGAAGGUGACAUUAACGAAUGUUUGUCCAAUCCCUGCUCCAACCCCGGCACGCUUGACUGUGUGCAGCUGGUGAACGAUUAUCACUGCAACUGCAAACCGGGCCACAUGGGACGGCACUGCGAGGUGAAGGUUGAUUUCUGUGCCAACAGUCCGUGUCUGAAUGGGGGUCAGUGUUCGACGCGCCAGUCCGGCCAUCAUUGCGUCUGUGCGGAUGGAUACUACGGUAAGAACUGUGAGUUUAGCGGACACGACUGUGAUUCGAACCCGUGCAUUAACGGACUCUGCCAGAUCGCGGACGAUGGUGGUUAUCGGUGCGACUGUCCGCUCGGUACCAGUGGCGUUAACUGCGAGCUAGACAUACUGGACGAGUGUACGUCUGGGCCGUGCGAAAAGGGUGCACCGUGCCAGAACAAGCUCGGCGACUACGAGUGUCUCUGUCCACCGAAGUGGAGUGGCAAAACGUGCAACACGUACGAUCCGCACUAUCACGGUUGGUACGAUACGACGCAGCAGCAGCAGCAGCGACCGAACAAGCACGGUGGUGCUGCAUUGCCGAACAUUUACGCGAUCGAUCUGGAGUAUCAGCGGGCACAGUGCGUAAAGAAGGGCUGCCGGGAGAAGCAGGGCAACCAUCGGUGCGACGAAGAGUGCAAUACGUACGCGUGCGAUUUCGACGGUAAUGAUUGUUCGCUCGGCAUCAACCCGUGGCUAAACUGUACCGCUAGCAUCAACUGUUGGGAGGUGUUUAUGGAUGGGUUCUGUAACGAGGAGUGUAACAAUGCGGCCUGCCUGUUCGAUGGGCGCGAUUGCGAGAAGAAGCUGCAGCCGUGCAAUCCAAUCUACGAUGCGUACUGUCAGAAGCAUUACGCGAACGGGUUCUGCGAUUACGGUUGCAACAAUGCGGAAUGUAACUGGGAUGGGUUGGAUUGUGAGAAUGAGAAGGAACCGGCGCAGCUGGCGGAGGGUGCCAUUUCGAUCAUACUGCUGAUGGAAGCGGCUACGUUCCGUGCUAAUGCGAUACAGUUUCUGCGCGAUCUUGGCCAUCAGUUGCGUACGACGGUGCGGAUCAAGAAGACGGCAGCCGGUAUGGAGAUGAUCUACCCGUGGAAGGGUGGUACCGCACUGCAGGGCCUAACGGACAGUGAGUUCGGCCGGAAGCAUCACGUGGUGUACACGGAGACGCGCCAGAUCGGUAUCCAGGUGUACCUCGAGCUGGACAACAGAAAAUGCAUCGGUAUGAGCGGUGCGGAAUGUUUCGGCUCCGCAAACGAAGCGGCAGAAUUUUUAGCCGCUACCGCAUCGAAACAUUCACUCUCGAAACAGUUCCCGAUCUAUCAGGUGAAGGGUGUGAAUCCGGACGACGAUGGGUUGCCGGGUGCAACGAACGUUAACUACGUGCUGGUUGGAUUUUUCGGCUUGCUUACGAUUGCGUUCUUUAUCGUGCUGGUAGUGAACCGGAAGCGUGCCCACGGUAUUACCUGGUUCCCGGAAGGGUUCUUUACCGCAAACACGAACGUACGGCGUCCGUCACGGCGCCGUCCUGAUGGGCAGGAGAUGCGUAACCUCAACAAGAACCCCUCGAUGGUGGACAUGGUGGUAGCGAACGGGGUAGGCGGUCAUGGUAGUGGUGGUGCCGGUGGUCACGGUAUGAUGGGACACGGACAACAGUGGUGCAACAGUGACGAUGAGUCGGAAAUGCCAACCGCUCGGAAACGUAUGCGUGCGAUUGAUCAGGGUUAUUCGAGCGAUCAUACGGCCAUUACGGAUUACGAGGAAACGGAACCACGCGUCUGGGCUCAGCAGCAUUUCGAGGCGGCCGAUAUACGCGAUCAUCCAGCGAUGAUGACACCGCCCACGCACCACGACGGUGACGUGCGGGAUGUGGAUGUGCGCGGUCCGUGCGGCAUGACACCGCUCAUGGUGGCGGCUGUUCGGGGCGGUGGCCUCGACUCAGGCGAAGACAUCGACUCGACGGACGAUUCGGCGGCACAGAUCAUCUCCGAGCUGGUCGCACAAGGUGCCGAACUAAACGCAACCAUGGACAAAACGGGCGAAACAUCACUCCAUCUAGCGGCACGAUAUGCCCGGGCGGAUGCAGCGAAACGGUUGCUCGAUGCGGGCGCCGAAGCAAACAGUCAGGAUAAUACCGGUCGUACACCGUUACACGCGGCCGUCGCAGCGGAUGCGAUGGGCGUGUUUCAGAUACUGUUGCGCAACCGGGCCACAAAUCUGAACGCCCGUAUGCAUGACGGGACGACACCGUUGAUACUAGCGGCACGGCUCGCUAUCGAGGGCAUGGUGGAGGAUCUGAUACAGGCCGAUGCGGACAUUAAUGCGGCAGAUAACAGUGGCAAAACGGCACUGCACUGGGCAUCGGCUGUGAACAAUGUCGACGCGGUAAACAUACUGCUGUCGCACGGUGCUAAUCGGGACGCACAGGACGAUAAGGACGAGACGCCGCUGUUCCUUGCCGCGCGGGAAGGUUCGUUCGAGGCGUGCCGGGCACUGUUGGACAAUUUCGCCAACCGUGACAUUACCGAUCACAUGGAUCGGUUACCGCGCGACGUUGCUAGCGAGCGGCUGCAUCACGAUAUUGUGCGGCUGCUGGACGAACAUGUGCCACGCUCACCGCAGAUGGUCACCACGAUACCGUCCGGCAGUGGGGGUAGUACGGCGGGCGGUGGCGGUGGCAACACCAUCAUGUCACCGACGCACGCACACAUGAUUACGCACCCGACGAUUAUUGCGUCGGCGAAGCAAAGCAAACAGAAGAAGCAGCGCCAGCAAAAGAUGGCCGGUGGCGGUGUAGCUGGAUCUUCCGCGGCGGCAGCAGCAGCAGCAGCGGCCGCCGCAGCAGCCCAGGCAGCGGCAGUCGUCGCAGCGAACAUGGGUGGUGGCGGUACGCUAACGCUCAGUCAAAACCCAACCAGCCCGCAGGACGGUGGUGCAGAACUGGUCGCGGGCAGUAUGCGACGAAAAGCCGUCGCCAAGAAGUCGGGUACGGCGGGCAAGAAAACGAACAACACCGGCGGUGGAAAUGGUGCCAGUUCCGGCGGUGGUGGUACACCCGGACAUGGUGGACUGACCGAUCUCGGGCUCGCCGACGAUCAGCUCAGCUCGGUGGAGUCACCGAUUGCGAACCUCAACAGCCCGUACGAUUCGGUUAGUCUCUACUCGAACGCGAUGACCGUGCAUCAGCUCGACACGAUCAGCCCGAACAGUGGCAGUUCCGGGGGCGGCAAUGGCAUGAUGCCAAAGAAACCUCCCAGCUAUGAAGACUGCAUAAAGAGCGCACAGUCGAUGCAAUCACUGCACAACAUUCAGCUCGAUAACUACGGCUACUCGCUCGGCGGGAACGUCAAUGGCGGUGGAAAUCAGUUCUCCGAUCUGCUCAUGAGCCAGCAGCGUACGUUGAACGGUGGUGGUGGCGGCGGAGGCGGCAUCGGAUCCCUCUCAUCGAACGGUAUGGGCCCGGCUGGGAACAACCUAAUGCACACGGCCAUGCACACGAUGGGUGAGAGUGGACUCAGUCCGCCCUACUCCAACCAAUCGCCUCCACAUUCGGUCCAGAGCAAUAUGGCGCUCUCACCUCAAGGCUAUAUAGGUUCUCCCUCGCCCGCCAAAACACGCCCCAGCCUGCCAACCUCACCGACGCAUAUCCAAGCGAUGAGGCAUGCGCAACAGCAGAAGCACAAUAUACAGAUGAUCUCCAGCGGCAACCUGCAGCAACAGCAGCAGCAGCAGCAGCAGGGCGGUAACAGCUUAGGCUGCAAUGGCCAACAGCAGCUCGGCGGUGGGUUGAGCAGUAGCAAUGGUGGCAACGGUGCCAACAACAAUCCCACCACCAACAGUGCAAUGCUGGCCGGUCUGCAGAUGAACUUCGUGAACGGUUCCAGCGGGCUCGAGCUGGCUGGAUUCUGCAGUCCAACUGGUCAAGGAUCUCAAGCAUCGACCUCUCAGAACACGACCGGUACGACCAGCACCGCGAUGACGGUUGCAUCGGCACAUCUAUCGCCACUGAGUCAGCAGCAGCAACAGCAAGUGCUCGCUAUGGUUGCACAGCAGCAGGCACAACUGAACAGCCAGCAGCAGCAGCAACAGGCUCACCAUCAACUGCAGCAACAACAGCUGCAGCAGCAACAGCAACAACAGCAACAGCAGCAACAACAGCAACAGCAGCAGCAACAACAACCACAACAGCAGCAGCAGCAGCAACAACAACAAUCGUCCUUCUACCAAUAUCUGACACCACCGAGCCAGCACAGUGGUGGCGUGACGCCCCAACACCUCGUGCAGACGCUCGACAGCUACCCGACGCCAUCGCCGGAAUCGCCCGGCCACUGGUCAAGUUCCUCACCGCACUCGACGUCCGACUGGUCCGAGGGCGUACAGUCGCCGGCGAACAACGUGUACGUAACGAGUGCGGCCGGUCACCAGGCGAACAAGGGUUCCGAAGCGAUCUAUAUCUAAGCGCACGCGGGAUACGCGGGCGGCACUGUAAAAGUCCGUGCCCCCCACCCCCGAACCUUUUGUUAUCGAUGCACCAACGCGCGUGCAGUGAAGCGUCACACGUGAUUGAUGGUGGUGAUCCCUCACGCUGUUAACAAUUAACGCUCUGGUUUUAGGUAGUAAACGCAAUCAGAUGCGACUUUUUUUUUAAAAGACAAAAAGCAUUAGCACUAAGCAAAGAUACAUUUUUUAUAUUUUAUUUCUUUUAAAAACAAAACAAUCGUAAUCGUUUUAAGUUUUAAUCCGUACAGUUUGGUUUAGCGAAAUGUGCGUGUAUGGUAUGGAUGGGUUUUUUUUCUGGGAGGAAACGCGAUAGUGAGAACGAGAGCAAACAAGUGUGUGUGAGCGAGUAUGUAUGUUUGUAUGACCGUGUGUGUGUGUAUAGGUGAAAAGAAGAAAAAUACGAAAGGAAGAAAGGAAGUAAAAUGCGGCGCCUGUAAUUGCAAAUAUCUGUUUUUAGUGCGUAGUAUAGCAAACCCGUGCUCUAGCCUGUUAAGUAUAAGCUGUAGUUCACUUCAACAGAUAGUGAAAAAGCAAGAUAGAUAGGGAGGGAGGGAGAGAGAGAGCGAGUGAGGGAAGGGCUAGUGAGUGAGCCUUAUUUAGCCUCUCUUUUUUUAUUAUUAUUUAGCGUUAUCCCUUAUCGUCCUUACGUUUCUGAUUUAGGCGACAUUUUGGUGCCGUAUAUACAGAGUUGGAAGAAGGUGUACAUGUGUAUGUUAUGUCUUCUUCGUUUUUCUUUUAUCGCAACCCGCACCGACUGCGUAGUAAUGAGAGCGGGGGGAUACCAGCGUGGUCAUAAUGUGGUCGUAAGCUAUCUGAACGGUGCUGCGUUCACCCCCGACGAUACAGCGGGUUCAAUUGUACAUAGAUACUGUUUGUUAAUUGUUUUGUAUAAGCUCCUUUUCAUUCUUUCCCACUCUCUUUCUCUCUCUCUCGCUCUCACUCAUCCCCGAGAUCUUUACAUCGCUUGUAGGCAAUGUUUCUAUUGGUUUUGCAAACCUGCCGUACAGAACCGGCUGGUCAAUAUAUUGGAUGUUAUUUGACAAGUAUGAGUGCGAAAUUCGCGUGUCAGAAAGUUACUACGAAAAGGUACGAAAGGUAUUCCCAAUACGUUUAGCGAAAAGGUUAACGGUCGACGAUCUGUGUAUUUUAUGUUUUAUGUAUUUUCAUUACUGUAUUAAUUACUCAGCAAGUAAUCAGUAGCGAGUGAUCGUUGCCGAGCGUUACACAUCAUACAAUUAAUGGAUCUUAUGGUUAAUGUACGUAAGCUUUGCUCUGUAAGCAUAGCGCGAAGAAAAGGAGCGUUUGACUUCUAUUCCCCUUUUUAGUCUGGUGUGUUUAUAUACUAGCUCUUGGCGGUACCGCUACGGAUGUGUAACGAUAGCAAACCGUUUUCGAAUUUCGCCCUCACUCAUACAGCCCGUGCCGGAUACGGUCGGAGUCGGCACGUGUUCGUGCUUCCCACUACACGUGGGACGCUGUCCAUAUGGUCACACCCCCCGAACCGGGCGGGUUGGUUUUCGUACAUAUAUAUAUUAUUUUUACCAACAACUUUAUAAUUUGUACUUCCUUCGUAUACACUUCGCCUCCGUUUUAGCUUAAUAAUUAUUACAAAAAAAUAUUGAAUUAUUUUUAUAAAAAAAAACUAGCCGUAAGCGUGUAGAAUUUUGAAUUUUUGUCGUAAUCUCUUAACAAAAGAAGAAGAGAAAAAGCAAAAACACUCACUGUUAGUAGUUUCUUUGUUCGUUUAAUUGCGAAUAUUUUUUUUUUAAAAAACGAAUUGCAUCUCUGUUCGGUUGAUCGGAUGAGUUUUCUUCCGGUACAGCGGGCUGCUAAGUUCGCGAUGUGUUCAAAUCAAAUCGCUCUCGAACUCCAGGGUCGCGCACACAACGCGUAACGCGACAACUUUUUUUUUUUAAACACAUGGCACUAACCGUGCCGAGCUAGAUAAAUUACAGAUUAGUGAAUCGGAACGGCUCCCGCUAAGACGCUGUGUUUGCAUUUUACUCAAUAUAUUUUCGCUGCAAAUUAGGUGAGCCCCCCCCCAUUAUACUCCCCCUCUCUCUUUUGUGCGUUUAAAUGCACCACCGAAGCAGCCGGUGGUAAACAAUGCAAUAGUAUUUAAAUAUAAUAGUGCCGAUUUUAAUAUCGAAGAGUAAUAUGCGAAAACAAAAAACGAAAACUGAGCGAAAUUCUCACGCCACUGUUCAUCCUGUGCAAAUGGAUGCGCGUAGCAUUUAGCUAGGUGCAGCAGCAAUAAGCAAAGCACAUUUACUUACGCUAAAACUGUGCAAAGAACUCAUUUUUAAAACAAAGAAAAGGCUCUCCAGGCAAAAGUGAUUGUCGGCACAACUUAAAGUCUUUUUGGGGGAGUUGGCCCGUAGUUGCAAAGACGGGAAAAGAUGUGAAAGUUUAGUUUAAAUAUAUAAAUUUAAAAGAAAACAUACAAAACAUCAACAAACAAUAUUGCAUUAGAUCAUGACAAAAAGAGCAGCAGAAAAAAAACAAAUGACAAACAAAAGAGGAAGAAAAAUGGUACAUGAGCGUGGUAAUAUACAUACUUUGCACACCGUACGGUUGUCGUCAAUGCGACAAGAAGUAAGACUAGAGAACGGAGAAAGUUAAAUUGCGCGAAAUAGAUGCAGGAAUUUUAAAUAAAAUAUCUUAUAAAAAUAAUA